AUUUGGUCUGUGUGCUAUGAAUCGGAUCUUCGGGCAGUCUAAACCGAAAUUACCACCUCCAAACUUGACAGAUGUGGUUGCAAAUGUGGAUGGCCGUGUUGACUCUGUUGAUAAGAAGAUUGAAAACUAGAUGCGGAACUCAAAAAAUAUCAACAACAAAUGCAAAAGAUGCGUGAGGGCCCUGCGAAAAACAACAUAAAAAUGAAGGCACUAAGAAUACUUAAACAAAAGAAGGUCUACGAGCAUCAAAAGGAGCAGCUUUCCAAUCAAAGCUUUAAUAUUGAGCAAACUAACUUUGCAAUACAAACUGUGCGUGACACAAAAACUACGGUAGAUGCAAUGAAAAUUGGUGCCAAAGAGUUGAAGAAGGAAAUGAAACGCAUUGACUUGAACAACGUCGAAGACCUUCAGGAUGAUUUAGCUGAUUUGCUUGUUUCAACUGAUGAAUUACAAGAUAUUCUUGGCCAGUCUUACGCGACACCCGAUGUUAAUGAAUCUGAGCUAGAAGAAGAACUGAUGGGUCUGUGCGAUGAACUAGGUGCUGAUACAAGCUAUUUGGGUGAAGAGUUUACCGCACCCUCUGUCCCGUCGGGGAUUCCCGGGGAAAGUGUACCCACUCCAGCAACAGGUGGUACCAAACCAUCAAAUGUUACAUUGGAUGAAUUCGGUUUGCCUCAGAUUUCUUGAAUCAGUUUUUCUCCCGGUCAAAUGUGUUGAUACAUCAUUUACACUAUAGUUUCAUUGGGGAGUGCUUUUUUUGUCAGCGUAUUUUAUUGAUCCUUUUGCUCCUAAUAUUUGUUGAAACGAUGGACAUUUUCUUUUUCUUUGUUGAGC